UUGUGUAAUUCAGUUUUUAAUAAUGGCUGUGUUUAACAACUGACCUGACAGAUGCCUGAAGAUUUAGCAAUGGCAUCCUGAGUGCAGGUAUGCGGUGGCUCCAGCAUUACCAUCUGGGUCACAGGGACCCAGGAUGGAUACCUCAUGAGUUUGAAGGGAAUAAGGGUUCUCUGAGAUUAGGGAGGAAAAAGCCGCAGAGCUGACCUUAUGGAUUCCAUCCCCUGUCCAGCCCUGAGGGGGACACAUGCAGGUCACAGUUCAUCGCGAAGGGUCCAGCUGGCAUCUGCUUGGGGAUGUACGGAGAACCCAGAACGCAAAGGAGAGAGUGCAGGAAACAUACUGGAGUUGGCGAGUGUAGAAGGGACUGGGCACUUGCCCUUGUACUUUAGCUAAAAGUCACCUUCACUUUGAACUCUUGUUUUACUCCCAUGCAUUCUUUUAAACAUUCCAAGCUCCUGAGCUGUGAUUUGAAGGAGAUCCCCCUUCCUCCUGCUGGGCAAACAGAAGGUAGAGGUCAAAGGUGUCAACGUGGCAUUGUGAAAGGGAUCAGAGCGGCAGCAGCCACUGGCAUUCGCCUCCCAGCUCCUUUCUCCUGCCGCUUGUCUGCUGGGACCGCGGGAUCAGAGGUGCUUCAGCCUGUGGUUUCCCAGAAACGGCUCUGCCGCUGGAGCGCCCGCUCAGGCCGGGGCUGUGCCGGGACUGGUCCUGGGUGCACCCCACAUCUGCCUCUUUCACUUUGGGCAGAACAGACAGGAACCCCGCUUCUGGUCCAUGCCCUCUGGCUGGCCAUGUCAGUGCUCGCAGCUUUGGGGAUGUUAGCAGAGCCGCACUUGAAAAGGCACGCAGGCGCUUGGAAUAUGCUCACGGCGGCCGUGUGCAUGGCCCUGCUGGGCUGCCUGCAGGCCCAGGAGCUCCAGGGACACGUCUCCAUAAUCCUGCUGGGAGCCACCGGGGACCUGGCCAGAAAAUACCUAUGGCAGGGGCUGUUCCAGCUGUACCUGGAGGAGGCGGGGAAGAGCCAGAGUCUUCGCUUCCACGGGACUGCUCUGACGAGCACCGAGCAGGGCCAGGAGGUCAUAGCCAAGGUCCUGAGGUCCCUCUCCUGCCCCAGGGACACAGCUCCCGGUCGCUGUGCUGAACUCAAGGCUCAGUUCCAGCAGCUGAGCGAGUACCGCCGCCUGAAGACGCCUGAGGACUAUCUGGCCUUGAGCAAGGACAUUGAGGCCCGGGUCCGGCAGGAAGGCCUCCAGGAGGCCGGCAGGAUUUUCUACUUCUCGGUGCCACCCUUCGCCUAUGCAGAAAUUGCCCGCAACGUCAACAGCAGCUGCCGUCCAGGCCCAGGUGCCUGGCUGCGCGUUGUCCUUGAGAAACCCUUUGGCCGUGACUACCGCUCAGCCCAGCAGCUGGCCACAGAGCUUGGGAGCUUUUUCCAAGAGGAGGAGAUGUACCGGGUGGACCAUUACCUGGGCAAGCAGGUGGUGGCCCAGAUCCUGCCUUUCCGAGACCAGAACCGCAAGGCCCUGGACGGCCUCUGGAACCGGCACCACGUGGAGCGGGUGGAGAUCAUCAUGAAGGAGGCCGUGGACGCAGAAGGUCGCACCAGCUUCUACGAGGAGUACGGCGUCAUCGGCGACGUCCUGCAGAACCACCUGACCGAGAUCCUCAUGCUGGUGGCCAUGGAGCUACCCCUCAACAUCAGCAGCUCGGAGGCGGUGCUGGGGCACAAGCUCCAGGCAUUCCGGGCCCUGCGGGGCCUGCAGAGGGGCAGUGCCGUCGUGGGCCAGUACCAGGCUUACCGCGGGCAGGUGCGCAGAGAGCUGCAGAAGCCAGACAGCUUCCACAGCCUGACGCCGACCUUUGCAGGCAUCCUCGUGCACAUAGACAACCUUCGCUGGGAGGGUGUCCCUUUCAUCCUGAUGUCCGGCAAAGCCUUGGACGAGAGAGUGGGCUACGUUCGGAUCUUGUUCAAGGACCAGGCGUACUGUGCCCAGAGCGAGAAGCGCUGGGUCCCGGCGCAGAGCCACUGCCUUCCUCAGCAGAUCAUCUUCUACAUCGGCCACGGUGAGCUGGGCGGCCCCGCCGUGCUGGUCAGCAGGAACCUGUUCAGGCCCUCCCUGCCCUCCGCCGGCUGGAAGGAAGUGGAGGGCCAGCCUGGGCUUCACCUCUUUGGCCGCCCUCUGUCUGAUUACUACGCCUACAGCCCUGUGAGGGAGCAGGACGCCUACUCCAUCCUCAUCUCUCAUAUCUUCCACCGCCGGAAGGACUCCUUCAUCACCAUGGACAACUUGCUGGCUUCCUGGGUCUUCUGGACGCCCUUGCUGGACAGCCUGGCCCACGAGGUCCCACGCCUCUACCCAGGAGGAGCAGAGAAUGGACACCUGUUGGACUUUGAGUUCAGCGGCAGCCACCUGUCCUUCUCCCAGCCGCCACUGGAGCAGCUGGUGCCGGGGCCGGGUUCCGCUCCGAUGCCCAGCGACUUCCAGGUUCUCAGGGCCAAGUACCGAGACAGCCCGCUGAUAUCGGCCUGGCCGGAGGAGCUGAUCGCCAGGCUGGCCGGCGACAUCGAGGCUGCGGCUGUGCAGGCUGUGAGGCGCUUCGGCCGGUUCCACCUGGCACUCUCGGGCGGCUCGAGCCCCGUGGCCCUGUUCCAGCAGCUGGCCGUGGGGCACUACGGCUUCCCCUGGGCCCACACGCACCUGUGGCUGGUGGACGAGCGCUGCGUCCCGCUCUGGGACCCCGAGUCCAACUUCCAGGGCCUGCAGGCUCACCUGCUGCAGCACGUGCGUGUCCCCUACUACAACGUCCACCCCAUGCCCGUGCACCGGCGCCAGCGGCUCUGUGCCGAGGAGGACCAGGGCGCCCAGGCCUAUGCCGAGGAGAUCUCCGCCCUGGUGACCAACAGCAGCUUCGACCUGCUGCUGCUGGGCAUGGGCACAGACGGGCACACGGCCUCCCUCUUCCCUCAGUCACCCGUCGGCCUGGACGGCAAGCAGCUCGUGGUGCUGACCACGAGCCCCUCCGGCCCGCGCCGGCGCAUGAGCCUCAGCCUGCCCGCCAUCAACCGUGCCCGCCAGGUGGCGGUGCUGGUCCUGGGUCGGAUGAAGCGCGAGAUCGCCAUGCUGGUGAGCCGCGUGGGCUGCGAGCCCAAGAAGUGGCCCAUCUCGGGCGUCCUGCCCGACUCUGGCCAGCUGGUGUGGUACAUGGACUAUGACGCGUUUCUGGGGUGACCGUGCCUCUGCCCUUCGCUCACCGCCGCGCUUUCCUUCACCCACCCUCUCUGCGGCCUCUCAGUCCUGCCCCGGCCCGCGUGCCCUGCUCUCUGGAAUCUGAUGCCUCGUGGUCAGGGAAGGACAAAAAGCCCUUCCCCAGCCCCCGUGACCGUCCCUGCCUGGUGGGGGUGGGCACACACCGGAACAAGGAAGAAAUGGAAUCUCUGCUCGUGAGAAGCUUCAAAUCCAAGUCAGGAGAGAACCGUCCACCUUAAGAAAAGACCUGCAGCAGUUACCUGUGAACACCAACCAGCGCCAAACAGGACGGUCUGAGAGCUCCCCGCUUGGGCAGGAAUGUGGUGGGCCGAGGUUAAUGGGGGGUUUCCUGCGGGCCGGGACCCUUCGACCAGCUCUGGUGGAAAAGCAGAACGUGGAUGGUAGAGAGCAGGAGCCCAGGCACCAGUGGUGGCCCUGUGCCCCCCACAGAGCAGGCUGCUGGGAGCCCUCACCUCUCCUCCAUCCCCUUCUUCCUGAGCCUCUGGCUCAGCCUGCUGUCCUGUCUCCUCCGGGGCCACCUCCGCCCGCUCUGCAUCUCGGGUCUCUUUCUUUUCAGUCCCGAACUUGGAGACCUUCCCACCCCCCCUCUGUUU